AUGGAUGACUCAGGCAACAAAGCAUACCAAGUACCAUCAGUUGUCAUGAACAGUGCAGCCACGAAAUUAAAUGUAAAUGCUUCCGUAGGCUUUUUUUGGACACCUGAUAAUGGUAACACCGUGACUCAAUAUAUCUACUUGCACUUUUUGAACUUAAAAAAGCUUCAACCAAACCAGACUAGAGAAUUUAACGUAUUUUUGAAUGGAGACUUUUGGCUUACUCAGCCUGUGGUCCCUUACUACUUAUCCACAACUACAGCAUACAGCACAACGGGAACUACUAGAGCAGAGUUUAAGCUUUGGUUAAAUAAAACUGAAACUUCCACCCUUCCGCCCAUUCUUAAUGCUAUUGAGAUUUACACAUUGAAACAGCUUUUACAAGCACAAACAGACCAAGAAGAUGGGGAGGUGAACAUUGUAUCCAAUGAACAAGGUCGGGUGUUAGAAUCUAAAAAACAGCAGUUCACAUACUCAGAGGACCUCAGCAUUACUAACAAUUUUGCAAGCGUUAUCGGGAAAGGAGGCUUUGGAACAGUUUAUCAUGGCUACUUAGAUGGUUUUCAAGUUGCUGUGAAGAUGCUUUCACCAUCAUCGGUUCAAGGGCAUAAGGAAUUUCAAGCAGAGGCCAAAUUUCUUACGAGAAUUCACCACAAAAACUUCACUUCUUUUGUUAGAUAUUGCCAUGAAAACACCAAUAUGGGGCUCAUCUAUGAGUAUAUGGAAAAUGGAAACUUGGCACUGCAUCUAUCAGGUAUUGAUCAUACUAAAAAUCUUUAA